GAACGACACAACACUAACUCGAGAGGGAGCAACACAUCACAACAGACAACUGAAGUCUCACGUCUUACUCCAGUAACUGUUGAUUAAAUCUGACACACCCAGAAAGACUGUUUCCUGUUUAGUUGCUUAUUUUCCCCUCUCAGACUCAGACAGACAGUCUUUGAAGAGCCGAGGGUCUUUUGUCAGAAUGCAGCUCUUCCUCAUCCUCCUCUCCCUCCUGUCCUCCCACAUUACCAAAGUUACAGGGUGGGCUGGCUGCACCAGGGACAGGGACAGGGACUACCGGACGAGGGAGAACUGCACAGCGCUCGGCUUCAGCGACGUCCCAGCGGGAUUUGACCCCACGACCAAGGUUAUGUUGUUUACCAACAACCUGUUCUCCAGUCUGUCCUGGUCCUCCUUCCAGAUCUUCACAGCCAUCUAUGAGAUCGACCUUUCAGGCAACAAGAUUCCACAGGUGACCUCCAGUGUCACUCCGAUCUUGCCCACCCUCAGUGUUCUCCGGCUGGGUUCGAACCGCCUGACGUCCCUCUCUGACGGCUCCUUCACUGCCUGUCCUGCUCUAACUGAACUCUACCUGGACAACAACGUGUUGGACUCUCUGAGUGACCACACCUUCUCUGGACUCAGCAAGCUGGAGAUCCUGGACUUGUCAUCCAAUCGUAUCAAGGUGCUUCCCGAGCUCAUGCUCCACCCACUCCCUGCCAUAGAGACCCUCUACCUGGAGAGCAACAAGAUCAUGGUGAUGCCAGAUGAUUGGUUCAGCAAGAAGGAGGCAGUGCCGUACCUCUUCCUCUCAGCCAAUCCCUGGGCCUGCUCCUGUUCCCUUGGUUAUUUGCGCAGAUACCUAGACAACUAUGAAUUCAACGUCUACACCCGAGAAGGCCCAAUCAUUCAGAGCGACGCAGAGAGUGUGGUAUGUCACUCUCCACAGUGUCUCAAGAAUAAACCUGUAAUGACUCUGGAAGAAUCUGACCUGUGUCCACCUGCGCCUGAACCAAAUCCAGCCGGAGACAGUGACAAGCAAACUGUCCAUACAGAUACUGUUGCUCCUCCUCAUCCUACUGUCAGACCCUCAACUGAAAUGACAAUUUGUGCCAUCAGGUGUGGGGGGGUGUUUUGUUUUUGGCUUUGCGCAGGGUGCCUGCUGCUGUGCGUGGCAUCUGUGACAUUCAUAUUGGUAAUUCUUGUGUGGCUGGUCGGCUGGUGCAAGAGGGAUUACAAUCUCCCAAAUGAGGCAGUGGCAAGGAGGGGAGGUGGUGGCGAGGUUGUGAUGCUGUCAACAUACAGCAGGAGGGAAGAGAAGGAGGGGCAUGAGGAGGAGUGAUGGUGCUGUUUCGCUCUGUGCUGUUUGCCCACAGAGAGAGAGGAGAAGCUAUGGCACCCUUACAGCUUCAAAGUGGUACAUCUUGUUCAUAAAUACAAGUUGCACUUGUGGGUUGUAAACUGUUGUGUCUGUCAGCUGUAGUGAUCCGUCUCACAGCUAAUGGGUAAACAAUUUUCCACUUAUUAAAAUGUUUAAAAAGCUCACAACUUUCAACAGUGAAUGUAAUAAAAACACAAUGUGGUGAAAA